AUGCAACCAGCGUCUUUUGGACAGCAAAAUGCAUCUCCAACACUGGUGAAAUCACUAGAAACUUCAGCACGGGAGGCUCGAGAGGGCAAGAACCGGCCGGGCGCAGACGGCAGAACAGUCCAAUACGGAUGUGCUUGGGCCAGCAGGCGGCCGCGAACGAGGAUCCGCCCCAUCGUGCCCGUCAUGACCUUCCCCGCAUCUGAGCCACGUCCAAGUGACAAUGUGACGAUGCAGCCACGAACUCGCUCAAGCCUCUCUCCAGCCGGCGGCCUACUCAGUGGCAGUCGGCAGUUCAGCAUGGGCGUUCCAAUGCCCACGAAUUCUCCUCGUCUCCGCGCUGCCCAAGUUCUUGUAGCAAACUUUAUUGAUUUUUGA